AUGCUCCUCACCACGCCGGUGUACUCGGAAGAGGAGGAAGGCGGUGCAAAGGGAGCGCUGCAUCUUUGGUUGACCGACAAUUCCCGCGUGCACGAUGUUGGGCUGGUGUCCGCUGCCGGUGAUGACGCUGCUGCCAGUUCCCUGCUGUACCGAAGCGGUGCGCCGGCGGAGGAGUUGAUACUACUGUACGAGAAGAAGAAUGGAGACUCUUACGGCCUCGUAUCUCUGAGCCUGGCAAAGCAGCUGGAGCAGAUCAAGUCCGUGGUGCAGACCUGGAAGGAAAUGGACGCCGCCUUGGGUACAUGCAAACCCAGUGGCAGCCUCAACCCGCGGAUAAAUGGCGUGUGCAGCGGCCCUGUUCCCACCAAAGGGCUGGUGGGCCUUUUGUCCAACACACUGGCCGGGACUGCGUGGGUGGACGAGUACCGCGGCGUGAACGCGACUGUGAAAGGUGGUGCUGAGGCGGGCACGGAGGGAGGUGUGACAUUCAAAGGGCGUGGCGCAUGGGCGGAGUGGCCCGUGGGAAGCAGGGGGCAGAACCAGCCUUACUACUUUGCAAACAACGGGUUCACGCUUGUGGCGACGGUGAUGCUCCACGCGGUGCCGGAGGCGGAGGAACGCAGCUCUCUGCCACUGCUGGGCGUGAGGAUGAAUGACACGGCCGGUACCGUCCUCCUGGGUGUGUCGUGCACGCCGGACAAGAAGUGGAAAGUGACGGCCAGCGGUGAGAUCCGGGAGUUGUCGAAAGAAGAUGCAACGUGGGAAGCAGAGAAAACGUAUCAGGUGGCACUGCAAAUGGGUAAGGACGAUGAGUUGUUUGUGUACGUCGACGGAGACGAGAUAUACGACGGCGAAGACGCCGCAGAAGCGGUAAAGACACUCUUUACGCCGCACAGGAUCUCGCACUUUUACGUUGGCGGGGACGGGACGGAGGGCACGAAGACCAGCCACCACGUGACGGUCUCCAGCGUCCUGCUGUACAACCGCGCACUGGGUGAAAAUGAGAUCCGAAAGCUCGCAGGGAGCAAAGUGGUUCUUGGAGGACCAGCUGCCGGGAACGCAGGCGGAGAGCUGCAGGCGGCCCCUUCAGUGUCCACCUCUGUGGGUGGGGAGCCUGUUCCCGAAGUGGAGCCUGAGGACGCCCGCGGUGAGCAGCAAACGGAGGACGGCGGGGGCACGGAGGGUCUCCAGGAAAAAAGCGACGGUGCUGCUGAUAAGGCGCCGGUGCGCGAGGAACGUUCGCCGGCGGAGUUGGGGGGUGGCGAUGCAAAUGCCUCUCCUCAGCAGCCGGUAAAUACACCGCCGCAUGCCACCAGGACCCCGAAAGUUGAGGGCGAACAGCCGCAAGAAGCGGAAGCGGGAUCUGCUGGGGACCCGGCACCGCGGGAGGAAGACGCAGGAGUGCCGGACCCGGGAUCUGCGCCGCAGAGCAGCGACGUGGAGGUCGCUUCAGAGCCCACUGGGGACUCCCUCCUCAGCUCCCCAGAGGAAAAACACCAACAAGAGGAAAAAGAAGCGGCUACUCAGUUAUCGCAGGGAACAGACCGAGAAGCAGGCGAGGCGUCAACACCUUCUAACCCCACGCCCAACUCCGACGCAGAGGAAGCAGAAGAGGCGGAGGAUGUAAAAGAAAAGAAGGAGGAGACGGAAGGCAGUGACGGUGCAUUGGCGCCCCACCGUUGA